AUGAUCCGUGGAUUCCGCGGCGUCCGAAGCGAGAGCCGAGGGCCGCGGCUGGCGCGUUUGGCGCGGCGGGCAGCAGAGGAGCAGCCAGGCAUUAGCUGGAUCAAGCUGGACAGAUCGUCGCAGACGGAAGCUGCCGAGCCGACCGGUGACAGGAGCGUGCUGCCGCUGUUCCCGAUGUCGGGGGCCUACUUCCCCCACGCACAGCCGGAGCUCAGCAUCUUCGAGCCCAGGUACCGGCAGCUGUACAACGACAUCUUGGUCUCUGGUUCGCGGCGCUUCGUGGUGGCCACGCCGAACCCGGAUGCGGACAGCAUCGCGGAGGUGGGGGUCGUCUUUUACUUGGACGACCUCACAGAUGUCUCAGAGGAAUCCGGAGACGAGGUGAAGUACGUGUGUAGCCACCGUGUCCUCGGAAGGGUUCGGAUCCUCAAAGUGCUGAACCCAGAGGUUUGGAAGGACGCCUCCACCUACCUCCGGGCGGAGGUGGUGGACUACGAGGACGACGGCGAGGUGUCUGACGAGGACACGGAGGAGGAGCAGGAGGAGGUCAUGGAGCUUCUGCGGAGGGUCGCCCGCCGCCAGGAGGAGAUUGGUGGGCCGCACUUCGAAAGCCACAUCUCGGACUACGCCAACGCCUCAGUGUCGGAGAACGGGGGGCUUUGGACCUUGGCGGACGUCCUGGCGGAGUACUACGAGUACCUGACUUCCGAGAAGGAGCAAACACUCGACCUUGACAUUGAGCAGGUCUACUACAAGUACGGCUUGGAGGAUGGCGAGGACGAGGAGGAGGAGUUUCGAAACUUCAUGGCCGCUGCCGAGGGGAAUGAGCAAAGAGGCUACUCCACGAGUUACGAGGAUGAUGGCGAUGACGACUACGAGGAGGUGGACCUCGCCGAGCUGCCCGCCAAGGCCCGCUCCGAGCUCUUCAGGUUGCAAGAGCAGUUCGAAGAGGAGGCAGCAGUGCUGCAUGGCGACCUCAUGGAGUUCGUCCAGGCGAUGCUGCGUUCCACCUGCCAUCGCCAGCGUCUGCGGAUCAUGCGGGACGCGCUGGCCAUGGAGGAGCGGCGUUUGGCAGCGCGGCGGGCGCUGCAGAUG